UUAGACUACACCGCGCCCCCCUUCUGAGAAGAAAAUCUAGGACAUGAAAAGUGCCUUUAAAGGCUUAUUUGCUAUUAACCCAAGAAAAAGUUUCGGGGCCUACGUAGAAUCAUGUGUUUCUCUAUUAAAGAAUGUUACCUACCAAGGCUUGGUCGCCGAAGGAAGUGUCAUUCAUGGGCAUUUGAUCAAGAUGGGUAUUUCCUCGGAAAGAUACAUAGCCGUAAAACUUCUCACCAUGUACCUUAACGGCGCAAGUUCUGGUGAAGCUCAUGGGAUUGUGAAGGAGUUUAAUGGGUUUGAUCUUGUGGUGGAUAAUUGCUUGAUUAGUGCUAACUUUAAGUGGGGAAAUCUUGACGGAGCUCGCCAGUUAUUUGAACAAAUGCCUGAGAGAAACGAAGUCUCGUGGACAGCACUGAUAUCGGGUCUUAUGAAAUAUGGAAGAGUGGACGAAUCAAUGUGGUACUUCGAGAGGAACCCAUUUCAGAAUGUGGUUUCUUGGACUGCGGCUAUUAGUGGGUUUGUGCAAAAUGGGUUUAAUAUUGAAGCUCUGAAGCUUUUCAUGAAGCUGCUUGAAUCUGGGGUCAAGCCCAAUGAUGUUACAUUUACCUCUGUUAUUAGAGCUUGUGCAGGUUCAGGUGAAUUUGGUUUGGGAACGAGUGUUGUGGGGCUGGUUAUCAAAGAUGGAUUUGAACACAAAUUAUCGGUUUCUAAUUCUUUAAUUACAUUAAGCUUGAGGAUGGGUGAAAUUGCCUUGGCUAGGAGAGUAUUUGAUGGGAUGGUAAAACGAGAUGUUGUUUCUUGGACUGCAAUCCUAGACAUGUAUGUUGAGAUGGGGGACUUGGGAGAAGCACGUCGAGUCUUUAAUGAGAUGCCUGUAAGAAAUGAGGUUUCUUGGAGUGCAAUGAUUGCAAGGUACAGUCAGAGUGGGAAUCCUGAAGAAGCAUUGAAACUCUUCUGUCAGAUGGUUCAACAUGGGUUUAACGCAAAUAUCUCUUGCUUCUCUAGUGUUCUUAGUGCAUUGGCCAGCCUAAAGGCUUUUCGAGCAGGAAUGAACAUUCAUGCACAUGUUCUCAAAAUUGGGAUUGUGGAAGAUGUCUUCGUUAGUAGUUCUCUAAUUGACUUCUACUGUAAAUGCGGAAAAACUAAAGAUGGGCGUUUGGUGUUUGAUUCAAAUUUGAAGAAGAACGUGGUUUCAUGGAACUCUAUGAUUGGUGGGUAUAGUCUGAAUAGACAGAUGGACGAAGCUAAGGUGUUGUUUGACAACAUGCCUAUCCGAAAUAAUGUCUCGUGGAACACUAUGAUUUUGGGUUACACAGAAAAUAAACAAUUUGAUAAGGUAUUUGAAGGACUCCACGAGAUGCUUUUGUCAGGGGAAAUCCCAAAUAAGUCCACCUUCUCAACUGUGCUUUGUGCUUGUGCCAGCAUAGCCUCAUUAGAGAAAGGCAAGAUCCUCCAUGGGAAAACCGUUAAGCUUGGAAUUCAACAUGACAUUUUUGUGGGUACUGCCCUGACUGAUAUGUAUGCCAAAUCUGGGGAUAUUCAAAGCUCCAAGCAGGCCUUUGAUAGAAUGCCCGAGAAAAAUGAAAUCUCCUGGACUCUGAUGAUUCAAGGGCUUGCAGAAAAUGGUUUUGCCGAGGAAUCUCUUAUUCUGUUUGAAGAAAUGGGAAGAACCUCACCUGUUGCUCCCAACGAGCUCAUGCUUUCUUCAAUUCUUUUUGCUUGUUCUCACUCUGGCUUAGUCGAAAAAGGACUUAGAUACUUCUAUUCAAUGGAAACAGUCUAUGGCAUAAAGCCAAAGGGAAGACACUACACCUGUAUGGUGGAUAUGCUGUCUCGAUCAGGACACCUCUUUGAGGCUGAAGAAUUUAUAAAAAGCAUGCCAUUUCAGCCUGAAAAUAAUACAUGGGCAGCUCUAUUUAGUGGCUGUACUGUAUAUAAAAAUGAAGAGAUUGCAGAAAGGAAAGCUAAGAAGCUCUGGGAAUUAGAAGAGAACUCUGCAGGUUAUGUAUUGAUGUCGAAUAUAUAUGCUUCAGCAGGUAGAUGGGAAGAUGUCAUGAAUAUACGGAAGUUGAUGAGGGAGAAGGGGUUGAAGAAGAGUGGCGGCUGUAGUUGGGUUGAGCUGAAUAAUCAAGUCCAAUCUUUUAACUCAGAAGAUGGAACGCACUCUCAAUCGGUUGAAAUUCGUGAAGUUUUAGAACUCUUAAGAUCUGAAAUGCUGCCCCGCAAGAAGUCCUUUUUACAAGAAAUUUCACUUUGUUCUUCUCGGGCCCCACUAAUCCGUAACAACUUCUGUCAAGAAACGAGUGGAACUAUGGAUUCAUAUACACUGAAGUCCGUGUUAGAUUUGCCUGCACAUUUUCGUUCAGCUUUUAAUUUCAGAUACUUUAAUUCGCUGCAGAGCGAAUGCUUUCCUGUUUGUUUCCACUCCGAUGCAAACAUGGUUAUUUCAGCCCCAACUGGAAGUGGUAAAACGGUGCUCUUUGAGCUUUGCAUUUUGAGGCUUCUCUCGAAGUUCAUCUCUGAAGAGGGGAGGUUCAUCCAUUUAAAGGGAACCCUCAAGACAAUCUACAUAGCCCCAUCUAAGGCCUUAGUACAAGAGAAGCUCCGUGAUUGGAAUGAGAAGUUUGGGUCAUGGGGGAUUAACUGCCUGGAGUUGACCAGCGAUAAUGAAUUUUACAACGUAAGGAAUAUACAAGAAGCUGAUAUUAUUGUAACCACUCCUGAGAAAUUUGAUGCUGUGACUCGGUAUCGCAUAAAAGAUGGUGGCUUGAGCUUUUUUGGUGACAUAGCUCUUCUACUUAUUGAUGAAGUUCACCUUUUGAAUGAUCCACGUGGAGCAACUUUGGAGGCAAUAGUUAGCAGAAUAAAAAUGCUUGCUCGCAACCCUGAGAUGAGAUCAACUUCUCUUUCUCAUGUCCGAUUCAUUGCGGUGUCUGCCACAAUUCCAAAUAUUGAGGACCUUGCUGAAUGGCUUAUGGUUCCUGUCCAAGGAAUUAAAAGGUUUGGAGAAGAAAUGAGGCCUGUAAAGUUGACAACUAAAGUUUUUGGCUAUACGCCAGCCAAAAAUGACUUUCUAUUUGAAAAGCGCCUUCAAAACUAUAUUUUUGAUAUUCUCAUGCAAUAUUCGAGAGGAAAAUCUGCUCUGGUUUUUUGUUCAACAAGAAAAGGAGCACAAGAAGCAGCACAGUGCCUCUCUCAGACUGCAAUGAACUUUGGUCAUUCAAAUCCGUUCAUUAAAAGUAAAGAACAGCAGGAAAGGCUAAGGGAAGCAUCACUAUCAUGCAGUGACAAACAAAUGCAAUCUUAUAUCAUUUAUGGUGUUGGUUAUCACAAUGGUGGGCUUUGCCUGAAGGAUCGUAAUCUCAUUGAAAGUCUUUUUCUUAUGGGCGACAUUCAAAUUAUUUGCACAACAAAUACUCUUGCCCAUGGGAUCAACCUACCAGCACAUACAGUUGUAAUAAAAUCAACACAACACUACAACAAGGAAAAAGGUCUUUACAUGGAAUAUGACAGAUCCACUAUACUACAGAUGAGCGGGAGGGCAGGCCGCCCACCAUUUGAUGAUACAGGAAUGGUCAUAAUCAUGACAAGAAGAGAAACUGUCCAUUUGUAUGAGAAUCUAUUGAAUGGAUGUGAAAUGGUGGAAUCACAAUUGCUAUCAUGUGUGACGGAGCACUUAGCUGCAGAGAUAGUUCAACUGACCGUCUCGGAUAUUACAAGGGCAAUUGAGUGGAUGAAGUGCUCAUAUUUGUAUGUCAGAAUGAAAAAGAAUCCUGGAAAUUAUUUAGUUAGAAAAGGGACUUCAAGUGACCAUAAAGAGAGGGAUAUGCAAGAGAUUUGUGUUCAGAAAGUUAAUGAGUUAUCGCGACAUCAAAUGAUCUGGACUGAUGAAGAUGGUUACCUGUUGAAGCCGCUAGAGCCUGGAAAGCUGAUGACAAAGUACUAUUUGAAGUUUGACACAAUGAAACACAUUAUGCAGACCCCUGUAAAUUGCAGUUUGGAAGAUGCACUUCAUAUCAUAUGCCGUGCAGAGGAAAUUGCUUGGAUACAGCUCAGACGCAAUGAGAAGAAACUUCUAAAUGACAUAAACACUGAUAAAGAUAGCCGGCUUCGCUUUCACAUCCUUGGUGAUAAAGGGAAACCGAAAAAGCGUAUUCAAACUAGAGAAGAAAAAAUAUUUGUUUUGGCAAAUGAAUGCUUGACUGGUGAUCCUUCAGUUCAUGAUUUAUCCCUGACCCAGGACAUGAAUUCUAUAUGCUCAAACGGGUGUAGAAUUGCCAAGUGUAUGAAAGAGUAUUUCAUUUACAUGAAGAAUUAUAGAGGAGCCUUGAAUUCAACACUUCUAGCCAAAUCAUUACAUCAAAAACUCUGGGAUGAUAGUCCAUACUUGCUGAAACAAUUACCUGGAAUUGGAAUGGUGACUGCAAAGGCACUACAUUCAAUGCAAAUCAAUUCAUUUGAGACGCUAGCUGAAGCUGAUCCAAGGAGAAUAGAGAUAGUCACUUGUCGAAAAUUCCCAUUUGGGAACCAUAUUAAGGAUUCUCUACUUUCACUACCUCCAAAAGUCGAUGUGAAGAUGGAGGAAAUUGAGUGCCAAAGGCAAGGAAAGUCUAAGCUGGUAGUAACAUUGACAAGGCUAUCACAACCGGUGCAAUCGACAAAACGGCAUUAUGCUGAUAUGAUUGUUGGCUCAGAAGAGGAUAACUUGAUUGUCUUCCAUGAGAAAAUAAGAGUGGAAGAGUUCUCCAGCCCCUACAGUGCAACAAUUCUCCUGUCAAGUCCUCAUCAAGGAAAGCUAACUAUCAAGGCUGAUCUUAUUUUUGAAGAAUACAUUGGCAUUGAUCUCCACCGAAAACUUCUUUUGAUGAAAGAGAGCAACUUGAGCAUGAAAUAUAAACAGAGAAAUAAGCAGCCUUCCUCGUUUCCUCCACCUGAGGAAAUACAUAUUAUAGAUGACAAUGAAACUACAUCUCCAGCUCCAGCCAAAGAGCUUCACAAUUCAGCCAACUCUGAAAAGGAAAAUGGUUUCUUGCCCAGUUUCAAACUCUUAGAUGAAGAGAUGGGAGAAGAUGAGCCUGAUCUUGAAGUUGAAGAAGAUGAAUGCAAAAUCAUCACUGAACAAACAGUAUUUGACCACAUACGUGAAAAAGCCAAGAACUUUCCUGUCUUGGCCACACCAAGUAUUGCCUGUUUCCCAUCCUCAGAGGCCUUGAUUCUCACAAGGAAGCUCUCUCGUCAGAAGCAGCUUGAACUCCAUAGUGAAGUAGAAGUUCUGGGUGAGACAGACAGAAACAAGAUUACACGACCAAGUGUGGUCAAUCCAUCUUCAGAACGCAGUGGACAUGGUGCUACCAAAUGUCCGAUUCCUCCAGAACCUGAAGAGAGCACAUCCAAGACUUUAACUGGGGGAUCAAUAUUUGAUCAUAUACAGAAAAAGUCUAAGAAUUUUCCAAUGAUCAAUAAAUUGAAGACCAUUGAUUCGGAGCCUUUAUUCUGGACGAAGGAACACUCCUCUGAGAGUCGGGCUGAGUUAGGCACUGUUUCCUCUGAAAUAUUGAAUGAGAUGAAUUCAGAUGAAAUCUUGGCAGAUACUAUAACCAUUUCAGAUUCGGAACCCAGAAAGGUGGAAAGAGAUUCAUGUGUUUCAAAGCAAAGCACAAAGGUCAGACACAAUUUAUUUUCUGGAAGCUCCCCUGGCACAUAUGGGUUACUCAAUCUUCCUCCAAGAGUUUCAAGCCCCACUGGUGAUCUAUCAUCUAUUGAAAUGCUAUCUUUUGAUAUUUCCAUGUUAAAGAACAAUGGCCAGUCGGCAGACCCAUUGAGCAACUUGAAAAGUAGCAGGAAGCAGCAAUGCCGGUCGAGAGAAUUUAAAAGACAGAACUGUUCUCCAAGUGUAUCCAGAAUACAGUGCUGCUCGUCGGAAACAGCCAGCGAAACCGGGGAAGCAGAUGCAUUUCUUGGGUUCAAGAGUGUCUUUUCAUUUCUUUGAUUCCUCUUUGGGCAGGGAAUUAAAGGAUGGACCCAUCGUCUUUUAAAUUUUUUGAUUCAAUUGCAUCAGCUUCGAACUAGAUUUCGGUACGUACGUUUCCAACCUAGAGCUGUUCUACAUCAUUCUCCGGUCCAUCUGCUCUUCAUCCCUUAUGCCGUAAAUUCAAUGGUUAAUUUGCAAAUCUGAGAUGCAGUGGAUGGACAAAGAAAUAAUUUCUAUUAUUUUUCUUUCCAAAACGGGAUCUGAGAGCUCGUCGCUAAUAAGCUCGGUGAAUAGUGAGCACAACCUGGGUACAUUAAUGUCCAUGACUUUAGAAUUGAAUCUUAGGAUGCUUGUUGGCCCCUACACUCUAAAAGCUCCAUCAAUGUGCCCAUUCAGAUUCCAAUCCUUAAACGGGAGUUAAAAUCCGAAUCAUUUCAUCUGGCAGAGCCAGCGGUGAACUGGGAUGCAUAUCUUCUUUCAACGUGAUCAUACUUCUUUGAGAAACGCUAGCUACACUCUUCUACUUGUUUUUGUAUAUUCCAUUUCUUUUGAAACUCAUUCUGAUGUCUUCGUACCCGAGUUUAAUAGACUGGAAUUCCUCCAACCGAGAAAAGUUUGGUCCAAAAAUGUUCCAAAGGGACGAUUGGAAUUGUCCUGUUACAUGAUAGAAUUCUAAAUAUGCAAAGAUUAAAUGGAAUGAUAGUUACAUAGAGUAUUAUUCCCUAUUAA